AUGGCUCGCAAGCGCCGCCGCGCGGAGCAGCGCACGCCGGCGCCACUUCCGCCUCCGCCCCUUCGGACUAAACCGUCUCAGCGGCAACCGGUGGUCGUCUUCGCCCACGGCGCCGGCGCCCCCUCCUCCUCUGAUUGGAUGACCCGCUGGAAGGAGAUGGUGAAAGAUGCCCUGGAUGCCGUUGAAGUGGUGACAUUCGACUAUCCAUAUAUGUCAGGUGCUAAACGGAGGCCUCCCCCAAAGGCGGACAAGCUCGUCGACCACCAUCUCAGUGUGGUGAAGGAUGCUGUAGCAGAGCAUCCUGGUCACCCGCUUGUUCUUAUGGGGAAGUCUAUGGGUUCGAGGGUCAGCUGCAUGGUAGCCAGCUCCGAUGAUAUCAGUGUUUCUGCAGUCAUUUGCUUGGGUUAUCCACUCAAGGGAGUGAAAGGGGCACCGAGAGACGAGAUACUACUGAAGCUGAUGGUUCCAACAAUGUUUGUGCAGGGCAACAAAGAUGGCCUAUGCCCCUUGGACAAGCUUGAGUUAACUCGGAAGAAGAUGACCUGCAAGAAUGAACUGCAUGUUGUUGAUGGUGGUGACCACUCUUUCAAAGUCAGCCAAAAAUACCAAAAAUCGGCUGGAAUAAGUCAACAUGAUGCUGAAUUAGAAGCUGUUAAAGCAAUUGCACAGUUCGUCCAGAACUCCAUCGCAGAAAGCUUAACCUAG